GCCUCGACCUCCCCGUCCUUGCCAACCAGCGUUCCAGUGAUACUGUCAAGUAUAGCCAACAGCAAAGUCGCAAGCCGCUCGGGUUCUCAGUAGAAGUUGCAGUAGGACCUUCUCGGGUAUGGCUACUUAUGAUCACGCUUUAGAGCAAGUGCACGAAGCAUACCGCCGCCUCACCCAUGAACAACUUGUCCUCUUCCUCAAAGUCCGGCAGCUGCCUACAACCGGCACAGAUGCCGAGCUGGCAUCGCGCCUUGCCCAGUUCGACGUGCACAACUACCACUUCCCCUCGAAGGAUGGUGCUGGCGACCCUGGUGGCUCCGGAGGACAUCAGGAGGCCCAGCGGCCUCGCGCUCGGCAGGUUCUCGCCCCUGAUCUCCCCGUUGAGGUUCUGGCCGAAAUCAUGGACCAUGUCGGCGACUGGGAGCUCGCUAAAGCCGUCGGUGUGCCUACCUCUCUCCCGCAACCUCCGCCAUGGACGCGCGCAAAUGCAUGCGACCAUGCGAUAGUGGCUGGCUUCAUUCCUCUCAUCCGGGCUUCUGACCCCAUCACAACCAGACCGACGCGCGUCGGCGCGCUGCUCGCUGUGCGCUUCAGUUACGUGAAUGUCCUGGAGUACUUCUUCUCCUACCACCGACAAAUCUUCCUUUCCAUGUACAAGGACGACCUCCUUCCCAUCACCGCGUCCCUCCAUGGGCGAACCGCAGUCCUCUCCUGGUGGAAACACGCACACGACCUACAUCCUGACGUCAUCCCCCUCCCAAGACCUCAGUCUGUGGCGGAAGCUAUAGAUGGCGCGUCGCGUAACGGACAAGUGGCGUCAUUAGACUGGUGGCUACACUCGGGAAUCCCGCUCGAGUAUACCGAAGCCGCACUUGAAAGCGCCUCCUCAAAAAAUCGCAUUGCGGUCCUCGACUGGUGGAAAGACAAAUCGACGGAUCCGGUUUGGAAGCUCCCACUCAAGAUUGGGCGCGUCAUGGACAUGGCGAGCACCGCGGGACAUGUGGAGGUGCUCGAGUGGUGGGCAAGUUCGCAACUCGAGCCGAAGUACGAUCGGCAGGCUCUCUAUCAUGCCUCUUGUCACGGAAAGGUCGAAGUUUUGCAAUGGUGGCUGGGGAGUGGACUGCAGAUGAUUUUUGACCAGGAGGCCUUGACCGGUGCGUCGCGACAUAACCGGCCGGAGGUGCUGGAAUGGUGGGACAAGAGCGGCCUCCCCAUUCAGUAUCGCAUGUGUGAUAUUGAAGAGGCGCUGGAGGACGCAAUUGGUGGAGGAGAGGCGGCGCGCGAAUGGUGGAGGAAAAAGGGGAUCGACUUCAAUACGAACGACAAGGAGUGGUCGAAGCUGCAGAAUCUGAACUGA